UUAUUGAAUUCUAUAGAGAUGGAGUUCACUACUCGCUUCUCUUCGUUUCCUCCUCUCGCCCUCUCGAGCUCCAGCAAUGGAAACCCUAGAAUCAUCGUCUCCAUCCGAUCUCAAAUGCAUCCUAAGGUUGCAUGGAAAUGGAAGGUCUCCGUGAGCACUGUAGAUCGAUCCUUUAAUGGAAGAACACUGUGCUGUAAGCUCAGUGACGGUGUUGAAAGCCUUUCAACGAGGUCUUCCCUGUUGCGGCCUCGAUGGGCUCUUUGGAGUUUAUCGUUUCGAUAUUAUUCAUCGAUUUUCAGCAAUAGUAAUCAAAUUCUCAGGAGAUGCAGAUUAAGCAUCCACAAGUUUGUAAAAUGGCAUGAGAAACUAGGGAAGAACAUCUCUGUUGUAGCUCUUCGGUUGGCUCUGGGCAUGGUACUUGUUGUUUCGUUGUCUCUAGCUGUCAAUCAGAGCCCUUCCUGGUCUCUUACUGAAGAAAAUCUCCUAUUUCUGGAGGCGUGGAAGAUGGUUGAUCGUGCAUAUUAUGAUAAGACCUUCAAUGGGCAAAGCUGGUUUCGCUAUAGGGAAAAUGCUCUCCGGAAUGAACCGAUGAAUACAAGGGAAGAGACAUAUACAGCAAUAAGGAAGAUGCUCUCAACUCUUGAUGAUCCUUUUACUCGCUUUUUAGAACCAGAGAAAUUUAGAAGCUUGAGGUCUGGUACUCAAGGUGCACUUACGGGUGUGGGAUUGUCAAUUGGAUAUCCUACAAAGCUUGAAUCAUCUGUUGGUCUUGUUGUCAUGUCAUCAGCUUCUGGGGGCCCUGCAAACAAAGCUGGGAUUAUACCCGGAGAUAUUAUCUUGGCAAUUGACAAUAGAAGCACAGAAGAUAUGGAUAUAUAUGAUGCUGCAGAACUCUUACAGGGUCCUGAAGGAAGCUCCGUUGAUAUAUCCAUCCGCAGUGGAUCUGAAAUCAAGAAUGUAGUGUUGAGGCGAGAAAGAGUUUCUUUGAACCCCGUAAAGUCAAAAUUUUGUGAAGUUCCUGGCUCAGGAAAUGACAGCUCCAGAAUUGGGUACAUUAAACUAACAUCAUUCAACCAGAAUGCUUCAGGUGCAGUCAGGGAGGCCAUUGAGAAAUUAAGAGAAAAUAAUGUGAAAGCUUUUGUCUUAGAUCUCCGCAAUAACAGUGGUGGUCUUUUCCCAGAAGGAAUUGAGAUUGCAAAGAUUUGGCUGGAGAAAGGAGUGAUAGUUUAUAUUUGUGAUAGCCGUGGUGUUCGAGAUAUAUAUGAGGCCGAUGGAAGUAAUGUGCUAGCUGGGUCAGAACCACUGGCCGUUCUGGUAAAUAAAGGAACUGCAAGUGCUAGUGAGAUAUUAGCUGGGGCUCUAAAAGACAAUAAGAGGGCAGUGUUGUUUGGUGAACCAACCUUUGGAAAAGGAAAAAUACAGUCAGUAUUUGAGCUAUCAGAUGGAUCUGGAUUGGCCGUAACAGUGGCCCGGUAUGAAACUCCUGCUCACACUGAUAUUAAUAAGGUUGGUGUUGUUCCUGACCAUCCACUGCCAAUGUCUUUUCCAUUGGAUGAAGAUGGGUUCUGUACCUGUCUCAAGGAUCCAACCUCUCCUUGCAAUAUCAACACAACCACGCUAUUUUCCAGAUGACAUUAUUCACAGAUAUGAUUUUUGAAGCCUUUAUUUUGUUGCAUUUAUUUUAUUUUAACAUUUAACUGAAGACUCCGGAUAUGAAUUCCUCAAUUGUUUUCAUUAAAACAAUUAUAAGAUGAUUAGAAACAAAAUAUCAACAAAUGAUAAAACUUAUUUGUAAGUACAUGAUUGAUA